GGUGUAAUCAUCCCACAACCGAGAUGAAAGCCCAUAGCUUAUAUAAGAAUAAUAGAGAAAGAAGAAUAGGAAAAUACCAUGAUGACAGAUCGUCAUGUGGUUAUGAUGAAUUAUUAAUAAUAAGGUUAUAAUAAAAAGAAGUACUUAUUCAUAUUUGUAAAAUAAGGAGAAAAGGCAUAUUUUGAAUAAUAGACAUUUAAUGUCGUUUCUCUUUAUUACAGGAGAAACUCAAUAUUGUCUUUAUUUUGGUGCCACCUAAACAAAUUUAUUGAAUAUAAUCUUAUAAAACGACAUUAUCGUCUUAACUAAUUCAAAAAGAUGGACAAACUAUGUUUCCAAUUUGUAGUCAAGGCUGGUGACGAUGCUAAAUCAAAUUUUAUAUUCCUAACAACAAUUACUACUCCUGAGGGCAAAGAAUACAGCAUGCCAGAUCAACACCAGCAAUUGAAGUUUCACAACGAAUUGGCAAAAACUCCAAUUUAUGCAAAAAUUAAAAAUUCGCUUCAAAGAAGACACCAAAUGAGGAAAGUCUGGAUAACUCUUACAAAAGAAUUAAGGGAAAUAUAUUUGGACGAGGAGAAUGUUCAAUUCAAAGAUUACCUUUUGGAGGAGACGAUACAAAGCGCACAGCCUACUGGAACUGGAAUUACGGAGGAUGUACUAAAAAGGGUCUUAUCAACACUCGAUAAAGGAAAAAGUGAAAUAAAUAAACCAUUUAAUUCAAAAAAAUUAGCAGAAAGAUUUGUCUUAGACAAAUUCGGAGGUAAGAGUGCUGAUGUAAUCCAGUGGAUAAAUACUUUUGAAAGUGAAUGUGAAAGAUUUGAAAUAAAUAAAGACGCGGACAGAAUUGAAAUUUUUAGGCUAUUCUUAGAGAGCUCAGGUUUAGACUGGUAUAGUUCAAUGCUCAUAAAAUUUACAUUAGACUCGAAAUGGAAAGAGUGGAGAGAUAACUUUUGUGAGACCUAUGCAAAUAAAGGUUGGUCCUCAGUUAAGUAUGCGAUUACUUUUAGGUAUGUAAAUGGUGCGCUACUAGACUAUGCAUUAAAGAAAGAAAGAUUUUUAUUAGAGCUAAAUAAAUCAAUGGAUAAACGCACUUUGCUAGACUUGAUCGUGGUAGGAUUGCCAGAGUUCAUAACAGACAGGAUUAAUAGGGACAGUUUAAAAAAUACAGAAGACCUCUUCACUGAAUUAAGAAGUCUCGAACACUUGAUCAAAAGGCGCACAAUAAAAGAAAAGAAAAAUAGUAACUAUAACGUAAAAGAACAAACAGUAAUGAAAAAACCUUGUGAAAUCUGCGAAAAACUUAACAAGAAAAACCGCUUCCACCCUGAAUCGUCAUGUUGGUUUAAAACAAAAAGUAAUGAAGACAGCAAAAAUGUAAAAUGUAUAAAUAAUUCAGAAUUGGAGUGUGAAUUAAUGCAUGAAAUUCCAAAAAACUAGAUCUUCCACCAUUGAUCAAAGUAAAAGUAUUACUCAAUGACACUAUAGAAGUUAAUGGAAUUUAUGAUCCAGGAUCGAAUGUGUCCCUGAUAAAUUCUAAAUUAUUAAAAUUGAAUAAAAAUGAGAUAAGUACUAAUGGAAAUGCGAAUUUAAAAACGAUCAAUGGUGUGAAAAAAACAGAUGGUUUAAUUUCUAUAAAAAUACAAAUUUUUAAUAUAGAAAAAAGUAUAUAUGUUUUUGUAAUAAACAGUGAGAAUUUCAAUUAUGAUUUUUUAAUCGGUUUAGAUUGUAUACAAAAAUUCAAAUUAAGCCAAAAUGAAAGAUUAGAAAUAAAACAAAUAUUGACUUCUGAUACAAUAGAUAAAAAACAAUUUGAAAAGCAUGCAAUUAAAGAAAAUAGAAGUAAUUAUACCAUAAACUUCAAUGAGCAUGUCAUUCAAAAAAAUUUUAAGAUAUCAAUAAAUCAUUUGAAAUAUGAAGAGAAAAUUGAAAUUGAUAAUUUAAUUGAAAUGUUUAAACCGAUUUUUGCAAAAGACAAAUAUGACAUAGGAAAAGUGAAGAAUUAUGAAGCUCACUUUGACCUUUUAAUUGAUAAAUAUCCAAGUAAAAGACCUUACCGAUGCACGAUUGAAGACAAAAAAGAAAUAGAAAAACAAAUAUCAAAACUAUUAGAAAGAAAUUUAAUUGAAGAAUCCUAUAGUCCUUUUGCUGCUCCAGUAACAUUGGCAUACAAGAGAGAAGAAAAUAAGAGAUCAAGGUUAUGCAUUGAUUUUCGUGAUUUAAAUAAAAUUGUUGUUCCUCAAUCACAGCCAUUUCCAUUGAUUGAAGAUCUCAUGGAAAAAACGAGAAACUGCAAAUACUUCUCUACACUUGAUAUAAACUCAGCAUUUUGGUCAAUUCCCUUAAAAAUCGAAGAUAGAAAGAAAACUGCGUUCGUGACUCAAGAAGGACAUUAUCAAUGGACUUGUCUACCUUUCGGAUUGAAAACCUCGCCAGCAAUUUUUCAAAGGAUACUAAGCAACAUUAUAAAGAAGAACAAACUCUCAGAUUUUACAGUCAAUUAUAUUGAUGAUAUUCUGAUUUUCUCUAAAACGUUUUCUGAACAUAUAGACCAUCUUAAGCAAUUAUUAGAAGCAAUAUUGAGAGAAGGAUUUAGACUAAAAUUUGCAAAGUGUACUUUCGCAGCAGACUCAGUAAGGUACUUAGGUCACAUAAUAAAUAAUAAUACGAUAAGGCCAAUAAAAGAUAACUUAAUAUCGAUAAGAAAUUUCCCUAUUCCAAAAACAAGAAAGAAUGUGCGACAGUUUUUAGGAAAAAUCAAUUUUUACAAUAAAUACGUAAAACACAAUGCAAUUAUCCUAGAUUCAUUGCAUAAUUUAUUAAGAAAGAACAAAGAAUUUAUUUGGACGAAAGAUUGUCAAGAUUCAUUUGAAAAAAUUAAAAAUCUACUUUGUUGUCAGCCGGUGUUGGGGAUAUAUGAUCCAGAAUUACCGAUACACAUAUACACAGAUGCUAGUUUAAAAGGAAUAGGAGCAAUUUUUAAACAGCCACAAAUAGAUGGAGAAGAAAAACCUAUAGCAUACUUUUCAAAAAAAUUAAACGAAACCCAAAA